AUGCACAAAUCGAAACAUAAGCAAAAGUCAUCGGCGCGCCCUUGGAGCGAACCCAAGUGGCACGACCAAUAUCAGCAAUGGUACAUAGAACGAGUAGGUCGGAAUGGGACCAUAGAAUAUGACUGGAUUGCUCCAAGUUCCUCCAAUGCUCCCGAUCAGAGUGUCCCGCGGUCCGAUCAUGCCAUUGAUGGUUUAACGGAGCAAGUCCAGAACAUAAAUAUCAGCCAAGAUGCCUAUGACUCGGGUCAAUUCAACGAUUAUGGAGGCCACCAUGCCGCCGCUGUUGAUCAUGCUAGCUAUACGCAUGAUGCUCAUCAAUCCCAGGAUCCGGGCUAUCUUGACCAUACGCAGCCACAACAACAACACCACGACAAGGGGAAAGGAAAAUCGCUGGGUUACGAACACGCUGAUCCAUACGGCAAUCCAUCAUUCGGUAACUCCUUAACUGGUGCCGAGGGCGAGUUACAAAUGGCAGCAAAUUAUGGGCAAGGAUCACAUCCCCAAUAUCCUAGCUCCGAUUACACGAAUGUCGAGACUACCGCAGCUAGAUCAUCAGCACAUGUCGUGGAGCCCCAUGUGAACGAUUAUGGGCCUGGGGAAAAUCCCUCUGUUGACGCCGAGUAUGAAGAAGCCGUCCGUAGGAGUCGUGACGAGUACUAUGGGGCCCAACAGGUUGGCGAGUCAUCAUCGUAUACAACGUCUUUAACAGAUGCAGGCACGUCUUCGUCUUGGCCCUCUACCGUUACCGUUGAUCCUAACGCAUACGAGCUGAAUCCACCAUUGACGAAUGGAGAUGAUGUUCCAACGCCUCGCGGUGGCUCGCCAGUUCUUGGAGGUCCAAUUCCGGCGGCACCGGCGUAUCCUAACUACAUCCAAGGGACUCCAGGAGAGGAGGAAGUGCUAGAUAAUCGAUACAGGGUAGAGCACUCACAAAGGUUCCAACCAGGAGAGGUGUUCAAGAUACUGUGGUCAGAGCCUCUCGGUCAGGUCGGACAAAUCGGACCUGACGACCCAAUCUCCGAUGUCACCAAAAGGAGAACUGCGGCCGGUAGCAAAUUUUACAUUGGGUUUCGCCGCUUUAUCAUAGUGACCACAGAUGAGAGCCACCACAGCACAUGCGUGCCUAUCUUGACGUACGAUCGAAGAGGGUGUCUGAAGAAAGGUGUGAGACCUAAUAAGCAUGGCAUUAUCUACAUGGCUGGUCACAAGCCUAGGCCUCUCAAGAAUGAACCCGAACUCGGAUUUGCCCCGGUUGCUCUACAGGUUUAUGCUGAGGGCGAAACACUCGCCAAAGAAUCCAGGGUUAACUACUCCAAAUUAGUCACUAUCGAGCACAACGUCAAAGUAUUUUUCAUCGGUUCGAUCGCCCAGGACGAUUUCGAUAAUGUCCGCUACGCGGUUAACGAAUGCUGGAACAAAAAAUUGCACCGUUCAUCAAGAAAGUCAAGGAGAUAG